AUGAGUGGAAUUUUUAGUACGAUUGUCGUCUUCGUGUUCUGUAACCUGCUGCUGCUGCUGCUCACGGAUUUUUCUUCUUCGCAUCCCUUGUGUACUAAUAUGAGGUCACCCUUCACCCCAAAGGCCCCACUUACUUUCUGUCAAUACAAUGGUAGUGUUUGCUGUAAUUCUACUGAGGAUAUGCAAUUGCAGAAUCUAUUUAAAACAAUGGAUGUUUCUGAUCUUGGUUGUGCUUCUCUUGUAAAAUUGAUACUUUGCUCGAGAUGUGAUCAGUUUUCUGCAGAGCUAUAUAGGAUUGAAUCAGUACCGCGUAAAGUUCCCAUUCUCUGCAACUCAACCGUUUCACCAAACUCAAGACAGUACCAACCUGGUGGAGUUGACUUUUGCUCCAAGGUCUGGGAUGAAUGCCAAAAUGUGUCUCUAUUAAAUUCUCCAUUUUCAAUGCAAGUUAGAGGUGGAACACCAUCUAAUUCUACUUCCAAGCUGAGUGAUAUAUGGCAGUCAAAAAAUGAUUUCUGUAACACAUUUGGUGGAUCCUCAGAAAGUGAGUUGUUCUGUUUUGAUGGCGGACCUGUGUUGCUAAACAAUUCUGAAAUUCCAACUCCCCCAAGUGGUAUGUGCCUUGAAAAAAUUGGAAAUGGAUCUUAUCUUAACAUGGUAGCUCAUCCUGAUGGAUCAAAUCGUGUCUUCUUAUCUGACCAACCGGGUAAAGUAUGGAUGGCAACUGUUCCUGAGGAGGGAUCAGGAAAAAUGUUGGUGAUUGAUAAAUCAAAUCCAUUUCUUGAUUUAACUGAUGAAGUGUAUGCUGAUACUGAGUUUGGAAUGAUGGGAUUAGCAUUUCAUCCUAACUAUGUGCAAAAUGGCCGUUUCUUUGCUUCAUUCAACUGUGACAAGGUUAAUUGGCCAGAAUGUUCCGGUAGAUGCUCAUGUAACUCAGAUGUGGGAUGUGAUCCUUCAAAGCUGGGUUCUGAUAAUGGUGCCCAGCCAUGCCAGUAUCACAGUAUCAUAGCAGAGUUCACUGCAAAUGGUACAACGUCGCAACCUUCCUUGGUUACUAGUGUAAAACCACUGGAAGUCAGAAGAAUAUUCACUAUGGGCCUUCCAUUUACUUCCCAUCAUGCAGGUCAAAUUUUGUUUGGACCUAAAGAUGGGUUUCUGUACUUCAUGAUGGGAGAUGGUGGGAGCAUAGGCGACCCAUACAAUUUUUCACAAAACAAGAAAUCCUUGCUUGGAAAGAUUAUGAGGCUUGACAUAGAUAACUUGCCAAGUGCAAUGACAAUUACCGACCUUGGCCUGUGGGGAAAUUACUCUGUUCCUGGAGAUAAUCCAUUUUCUGAAGAUAAGGAAUUGCAGCCUGAAAUUUGGGCUUUGGGAUUUAGAAAUCCUUGGCGAUGUAGUUUUGAUCUCGAAAGGCCUUCCUACUUCCUUUGUGCAGAUGUUGGUCAGGAUCAAUAUGAAGAGGUUGAUAUAAUCACCAAGGGUGGAAACUAUGGAUGGCGUAUCUAUGAGGGUCCUUCUCCAUACAAUCCACCAAAAUCUCCAGGAGGAAAUACAUCUGCCACCUCCAUUAACCCAAUUUUCCCUGUAAUGGGAUACAACCACUCUGAUGUGAACAAGGCUGAAGGAUCUGCAUCCAUCACAGGCGGUUACUUUUACCGAUCCACAACAGAUCCAUGCAUGCAUGGAAGAUAUCUUUAUGCAGAUUUGUUUGCUGGCGGUAUAUGGACAGGCAUAGAAACUCCUGAAGACAGCGGAAACUUCACGAGCACUAAAAUUCCAGUGAGUUGUGCUCUGGACUCUCCUAUCCAGUGCAGUACUGAGGCAGGAAGUUCUCUCCCUGCACUGGGGUUCAUAUUCUCCUUUGGACAGGAUAACAGAAAGGACAUCUUUAUCCUGGCCAGUUCCGGUUUGUAUAGAGUUGUUAGGCCUAGUCGCUGCAACUACACUUGCUCCAAAGAGAACGUUACAUCCUCCUCCCAUCCAAAAUCUGUUCCUUCUCCUGCUCCUUCCGCUUCAAGGCAAUUGAACAAUCCAUUUGUACUGGAGCUGCUAAUCUUCUUCUCUACAUUUUUUGGCUUUUUCUUGUAAUCUUU